CCUUCUGAGACUCUGAACAGUGAACCUCAAAUCACUGUAGACAAACCUUUACUGACUGGAUUAUUACCUGACGAACACUUGCACUAGGAUUUUAUCUGGAAACCAAGCUGCCUUUAUCGUCCACAACUGAAUUCUCAUGGCGUCAAGCGAACUUAGUCUUAUUCUCAACAACGCCAAUGCCAACCUGUACCCAUCUGAACCGCAGGCCAACUUGUUGAGCAUGACAGCGCCGAUGGGCAGACCACCACAUCUCUCAGAGAUGACCUUCAGCAGUAACAACAACACAAUGGGCUCCUGGGACCUGGUGAACCCACAGAUGUGGAGCAGACAUAACGUUCUGGAGUGGAUUGGCUUUCACGUGGAGGAGAGCAGGUUUGAUGCCAGUCUGCUGAAUAUAAACUACUGCAACAUGGACGGGAUCACACUGUGCUCAAUGUCAAAAGAAACUUUGAUCAGCAUGUUCGGAUCGAUGCUUGGAGAACGGCUUCACCACAGCCUGGAGACCCAAAAGUCCAGAUAUGCUACUGAUCUGUCUGAGACAUGUCUGAGUGAAUCUGAAUUAGACUUACUGGACAACAUACUGCAGAACUCGUUUCCCUUCAUGCACGGACCGAGCCUCGGUCCACUUCUUGAAACGGUGGUGGUUCAGCCCUCAAUCCCAUCAGACAAUUCGGAGAACAGCUACAGCUACUUUGAUGAGUACCCCAAUCAGCUGACUCCAGAGAGCGAUCACGGCUAUGACUCUCUAACUGAGAGCUUUCAGAGUUCCCACACUGGUAGCCUGAACCUAAGCUCCCCCGAGUCCAACAGCAGCGACUCCGACCCAGAAUACCCAGAGAUGCAUUACUCCGUCAGCACCAAGAACUUUGUGAAACAAGAGCCGGGAGAGCCCAAAAAGAGAGGCAGAGGACGACCCCCAAAGUGCCAAAGUGAAGGAUUUGAACAUUUCAUUCAGUCCAAAAAAAGUAAACACGCUCCAAGAGGAACCCACCUGUGGGAGUUUAUCCGGGACAUCCUGAUACACCCAGAGAAGAACCAAGGUCUGAUGAAAUGGGAGGACCGCAGGGAUGGUGUCUUCAAGUUCUUGAAGUCCGAAGCUGUUGCUCAGCUCUGGGGGCAGAAGAAGAAGAACAGCAGCAUGACAUAUGAGAAGCUCAGUAGAGCCAUGAGGUAUUACUACAAACGAGAGAUUCUGGAGAGAGUGGAUGGAAGACGACUGGUCUAUAAGUUUGGGAAGAACUCCACUGGUUGGCGAAUUGAGGAGACCGGAUACUAAAGUG